AUGGAUUUUAAUGCCAAUGGAUGUCAUCAGGUGGAAGAGAAUACGAUAUUGAGGUCUGAACUUCAGAGCAAGAUUCAGGAACUUGACAAAUAUAAAAUAAGCGAACCUUUGGCUGAAAGGUCCCAUUCUGUUGAUCAAUGGAAUGAGCGAGUUCAUCAGUCAGUGUCAUCUGCUGUUGGUGAUCCUACCAGUGUACUGGUUCCUGACAACGGGGAUCCUGCUACCCAGAGUCAUGUUUGGAAGCAGGAUUUUGCUCUCAAGGUUCGUGAAAAUGAAGAAGAGAUUAUGCAGCUAAAGAAACAUCUUGCUGACUAUUCCGUCAAGGAAGCACAAAUUCGGAAUGAAAAGUAUGUUCUGGAAAAACGCAUUGCUUAUAUGCGACUGGCCUUUGAUCAACAGCAACAGGACCUUGUUGAUGCUGCAUCAAAAGCUCUAUCAUACAGACAAGAUAUAAUAGAGGAGAACAUACGUCUUACCUACGAAUUGCAAGCUGCACAGCAAGAAAGAUCCACAUUUGUAUCAUCAUUGCUGCCUCUUCUUGCAGAGUAUUCUUGGCAGCCACCAGUUCCUGAUGCCCAGUCUAUUGUUAGCAAUGUUAAGUCAAAGCUCAAGGAGUCUCAGUAUCAAUUGGCACCUUGGCGUUCAGAUGUGAACCACUCAAAUUUUGCUCCACAGUCACCUUCUCAUGCUGCUUUGAGAAAAAGUGGCCUUGAAUUGGUGCCACAGCCAACUUAUUCCCAUGGAAAGAUACCUAUGACUUCUUCUGAUACUCAGACAGCAUCAGAUUGGGAUCCAUUGAGUCAACAUCAGAGUGGCUUGGCUGGUGGUGUUGCAAAAAAUCUAGAUCUUGAUGAUGCGGGGAGGUAUUCACCUCUUGCUGGCAGGUGA